UUGUUCUAAGAAACUAACAAAAAAUGUGGAAAUAAGCUGCCGUUCUUAAUUUUUGGAAGCAAUAUCCCUCGAUUUCGAGCUCUCCAAGCUCCAAGCGAUCCACCAUGAACACUGAUCGCCUGAUCCUGCUGCAGUUCAGCAUGCACUGCUUCAAGAUCAUCUUCAUCUACUGCAUCUGCGUGAAUGUCCUGGAGCAUCUCGUCCAGCGGGUCCAGGAAAACUGAGCGGAA